AUGUCCGACUCCCUCGCCGCCCUCCGCAAAAACCGCCGCGACGAACUCGCAAAGCUCGCCGACCAACACCUCCAACACGACCUGCGCGAAUCCGACCGCAAUGCCCUCAAAACUGCCGCCACGCGAGUCUCAACCUGGACUCUGGUCGGGUCCGCAGCCGGAAUCGGCCUGGGCUUCUUCGUUGCGUUUCGACUCCGGAGUGCGCGCAAGGCGAUGUUUGAGGCGUUCAAGGCGCGAGAGAAGCCUGUUAGUGUUGUGUUUGCAGAUGGACGGACUGAGAGUAUCCCUGACAUCACGCCGUUACUGAGACCGUCUACAUGGGGAGACUUUGCGACUUAUUUCUUUGCUUCGGCCGGAGGACUGUUUCUGGGUGGAGAGCUCGGCCUCCUGGGCGGCUCAGCUAGCGCCAGCCGCAGCAUCACCAAAGACCCCGAAAUGAGGAAGCGGAUAGAAAAUGCGUUCCGGAAAUUCAGAGCGGAUGUUUUACGGAGGGAAGCUGAUGAGCUUGAUCGCUCUGAUAGUGUGUGGGAUAAGAUGUUUUGA